ACGGGGAGGCCGCGGGUCCCGCCGGGCUCGGCCGCGUCCCCCGGAGCGCUCCGGUGAGGAGAGGCCGUCUUCCCCCCCGCCUCCCCUCCCCGGCCCCGCUCCUGUCAGCGCCGGUGCUCUGCCCGGUGCCCGCCGGCGGCUGCGGGACGCGUCCCCCCCCGGGAAGAUGGCGCAGGCGGCGCUGGGCGCGGCGGGCCUCCACUUCGACGAGCUGAACAAGCUGCGGGUCCUCGACCCCGAGGUGUCGCGGCAGACGGCGCAGCUCCGGGAGGAGUGCGGGGUCUUCCUGGAGAAGAUAGCAGAAUUCCAAAAAAUAGUGGGUAGCUUAAUCGAACUGGUUGACCAACUGGCAAAAGCUGCGGAAAGUGAGAAGAUGAAGGCCAUCGGUGCACGAAAUUUGCUGAAGUCUAUAGCAAAGCAAAGAGAAGCUCAGGAACAGCAACUUCAGGCUUUAAUAGCUGAGAAAAAGAUGCAGUUGGAAAGAUACCGAAUAGAGUACGAGACUCUGUGUAAAAUUGAAGCAGACCAGAACGAAUUCAUUGACCAAUUCAUUUUUCAGAAAUAGAGGAUUUUAAGAUAAAAACAGACUAACUUGGAAACUUGACCAUUCCAGAGUCUUGAGAAUUUCGAAAAUAUGCAAUUUUUCACUGUGUAUGAACGAAGAGAUGGUUUGUACAAAUGGAAGUGUCUUUUAAUUCAGUGUGAAUUACACUAAAAGUGGCAAUAAGGAGGGCCUUCUAGCAGAUGUAAAGACUGUUCUGUCCUUUGAUUUUAUAAAAGUUUUGUACAGUCAGUAGUUCUAAUUCAAAUUAUAGUUGAAUUAAUACUACUGUUGCUAUGUUAUGUCUCUCACUUUUUGACUUGUACAGCUCUUUCAAAGAAAUCAGGAAAUAAAUUAUUGUUUUCAGACUUUCUGGAUAUACCAGAA